UUUCAUUUGUGUAAUCAUUUAUUGAAGAGCUAAACCUGUGACAAGUACAGAAAUUAGCAACACAACUUCUAGGAAGCCAACUAAAAAGAUAUGAUUCAGUACUUAUGGACUGUUACUGCAAUAGCAGCAUUCCUGUUGGGGUUUGUUUCCCAUGGUCAGUCAGAAACCUGCUCUGCUGUACAAGGACUUCCAGGUCUUAAUGGUAGGGAUGGUAGAGACGGAGACAAAGGGGAACCAGGUCCACCUGGAGCAGAAGGGUUAAGAGGUAUUGCUGGGCCUCCUGGGAAACAGGGGCCAGAAGGAGAACGUGGAAAUAAUGGUACCCCAGCAUUGGAAGCACUUAAACAACAAGUAGAAUCUAUCAGUGGUCAGCUGAACAUUAUGCAGCAAAGCUUGUUGGCUCAGAAAAAAGAUAUGAUUCAGUACUUAUGGACUGUUACAGUCAUAGCAGCAUUCCUGUUGGGGUUUGUUUCCCAUGGUCAGUCAGAAACCUGCUCUGUUGUACAAGGACUUCCUGGUCUCAAUGGUAGGGAUGGUAGAGAUGGAUUCAAAGGGGAACCAGGUCCAGCUGGAGCAGCAGGGGUAAGAGGUAUUGCUGGGCCUCCUGGAAAACAAGGGCCAAAAGGAGAAAGAGGAAAUGAUGGUACCCCAGGAAAAAAUGGCACUCCAGGACCUCUGGGCCAAAAGGGGGAAAAGGGUGACAGUGCAGUGUCAGCAUUGGAAGCGCUUAAACGACAAGUAGCAUCUAUUACUGGACAGCUGAACAGUAUGCAAUAAAGCCUGUUAGCUCAGAAAAAAGCUAUGCUCUUUUCUAGAGGGUCGAGUACUGCUGGGAAGUUCUUUGUUACAAAUGGUGUGGAAGCCAAAUAUAAUGACGCAAAAUCAACUUGCUCCAGUGCUGGAGGGCAACUGGCUUCACCACGGAAUGUAGAAAAAAACCAAGCGGUGUUAUCGAUAGUUUUGCUUUACAACAAGGCACCAUUCCUUGGUAUUAAUGAUAUACAAACAGAAGGCAGCUUUAGAUACCCAAGUGGUGAUUUAAUUAGUUACACUAACUGGAAUACUAGGGAACCUAACAACGAUAAUGGUGUGGAAGAUUGUGUUGAAAUGUUUACAAGUGGAAAAUGGAAUGAUAAGAAUUGUGAAGAAAGACGUCUGGUCAUAUGUGAAUUUUCCUAAUAGUUAUGUUGUAAAGUUGCAAUAAAGCAGGAAGUGACUGAUUAUUUUUAAAUAA